GACAGACAGUGACUGACUGAGAGCAUCAAUCAAGCUUGAACCCAAGAGCUGGGAAUCCACCCAUGCGAUGACGUCACGGGGCUCUGACAAGCUGGUGGUGCCGGAAGAAAAGAUGGCGGAUCAUGAGGAGCAGCUAUCCGACGAGGAGAAGGUGCGCAUAGCAGCUAACUUCGUCAUCCACGCCCCACCAGGAGAGUUCAACGAAGUUUUCAAUGAUGUGCGAUUGCUGCUCAACAAUGACAAUCUUCUCAGGGAAGGUGCAGCGCAUGCAUUUGCACAAUACAACUUGGACCAGUUUACCCCGGUGAAAGUCGAGGGCUACGAAGAACAGGUCUUAAUCACAGAGCAUGGCGACCUGGGGAACGGCCGGGUCCUGGACCCCAAGAACAAGAUCUCCUUCAAGUUCGACCACCUGAGGAAGGAGGCCAGCGACCCGCGGCCCCAUGACGUCGACGGCUCCCUGGAGGGCUGGAGGAGCGCCGUGGACUCGGCCGUCAGGGCCUACGUCAAGGAGCACUAUCCCAGUGGAGUCUGCACCAUUUACGGGAAAACCAUCGACGGACAUCAAACCAUCAUCGUGUGCAUCGAGUGCCAUCAGUUUCAACCAAAAAACUUCUGGAAUGGACGCUGGAGGUCAGAAUGGAAAUUCACCGUCUCCCCCUCCACCACUCAAGUGGCAGGAAUCAUGAAAAUCCAGGUUCAUUACUAUGAAGAUGGAAACGUUCAGCUGGUGAGCCACAAAGAGGUGCAGGAGUCCAUGUCAAUUUCUAAUGAGGCUUCAACUGCAAAGGAGUUUGUUAAGAUCAUGGAGGCUGCAGAGAACGACUAUCAGACGGCCAUCAACGAGAAUUACCAGACCAUGUCGGACACUACCUUCAAAGCCUUACGCCGCCAGCUUCCUGUGACACGCACCAAGAUCGAUUGGAACAAGAUCCUGAGCUACAAGAUAGGCAAGGAGAUGCAGAACGCUUAAAAAAACGACGGAGAACAUAACAGACAACUCCCCUCCACCCCCACCCCACCCGACCCCCACCUCCUCCCAAACAACGUUGCAUGACUGGAUAGUUGUAUCGUCUUUGUACAGAAAUUAGAGAAAACUGGGACAAAGAGAGGUUUUGGUCUCACAGCCAGAUGUCACAUUACACAUUGGAUGUCUACUUUUAUUGAUGUUAUUUUGUUUUUAUACAGACACUGUUAACUCCUCUGUAUAUUGAAUCUAUGAAGGUAAAGAUAAGUGUAUUUGGGGAAAUAUAACUUGAGGAAAUAGUACAAGUCGACAUAGGAAAGGGGGGGCGAACACUUGUAUGCAAAAUCAUCCUUAUAAAAUACAAUAUCACGUGUGCAAUAUUUAUUGUGUCAGUGAGACCACGCCUUAUAUUUGACCUGCUGAAAAAACGGUUUGAAUUUGAUGGUGAAACAAAUCAAUUUUGGGAGAAUUGUUGCUCAAAGAAUGACUCCCUUCACUUCAGCGAAAACAAAAAAAUACCUUCUUUGUGUUCAUUGAAUGGUAUCUUUGGCACAAGCAGUCACCACUGUCAGCCACUCAAUGUUCUUGUUCCCUCAUCUCGGUACUUCCCUCACCGUUCGUCCUGUAUGUGAGAUCUAAAGCUCGCGGCGCUCCCGGCUAAAUUGCCUUUUUUGACUUGACACCGUCUGAACUCUCGCUCGGCGCGGGGGAGUUCUGUGACCACUUAACAAGCUUAAUUAACAAGUCAUCAGUCGCUAAGUAAUGUGCAUAAUGUCCAAUUUACAAUAAAAUCAAAACGUAUCACAUUCUCCUCCAGUGCUUAUUUUUAUUAAAAAAAAAAAAACAGAACCUGACUGUAUUAUAUAACAAGGCACAUUGUAAUAUAUACCUGUAUGAAACAUCCUGUCUGUCAGUUUGGUGAUUUAUUUCCAUGAGAUUAAUUGUAAUUCAGUCACAAUUAUGUUGCAUUAAAUGACAAAUUUUCUA